UAAUUUAAUUAGACACUUCAGGAUUUUGAUCACCUAAUGUUGAUUUUCUUUCAGAUGUGAAAGUAAAGAAAGGACUUAAAAAUAAUAGCAAAGAUGCUUUUGAGUCAGAAUGCUGCAGCAAUCAGAUCAUUUAAUUUGUUUCUCAUGGUGUACAUCAGCCUAGUUUUUGGUAUUUCACCUGCUUUGACUGAUUUUUCAGUUGAACCUUGCAUUUUAAAUAUGACAUUACGAAAUUUCCGGUCAAUCUUGUCAUGGGAACUGAGAAACCAUUCCACUGUACCAACUCACUAUACAUUAUGGUACACAGUCAUGAGACCUGAAGAUAUGAAGAUUGUUGACAACUGUGCAAAUAUCACGAGAUCAUUUUGUGACCUAACAGAUGAGUGGGAAUACAUAAGCGAGACCUACAUCACCAGACUCAUAGGAUUCAGAGGGAACACAGCGGUGGUCUCUUGCAGCCACAGUUUCCAUCUGGCUGUGGACAUGUCUCUUGAACCACCAGACUUUGAGAUUGUUGGUUUUACAGACCACAUAAAUGUGAUAGUGAAAUUUCCAGUGAUCCUUAGGGAAGAAUUACAGUUUUUUUUAUCACUUGUCAUUGAAGAACAGUCAGAGAGGCUUGUUAAGAAGCACAAACCCCAAAUAACUGAAAACGUAAGUGGAGAUUUCAACUAUGUCAUUGACCAGUUACUUCCAAACACAAACUACUGUGUAUCUGUUUAUUUUGAGCCUUACGUUUUGGAAACAGAAAAAUCUCCCUUAAAAUGCACCUUCCUUCAACCUGGCCAGGACUCAGAAUCUGCCAAAAUAGGAGGAAUAAUUACUGUGUUUUUGAUAGUAGCGGUCUUCAUAAGCACCAUAAUAAUACUGAAGUGGAUUGGUUAUAUAUGCUUAAGAAAAAAUUUACCCAAAGUCUUGAUUACUUCAGUGGAACAUAUACACAAAGUGGAUUUAUCUUAUAAAAAGAUUUUGAAGAACUGAUUUAUAGUGCCAGUGAUGAUGUGUAGGUGUACAUAUUUCUCCAAAGCUCCGCUGACAUUGAUUAAUCAUUUUUACUACUUUUGUUCAUUAUUGUGUGUAUAAUGGUUACCCUGUAGUUGUUUUCAUUUGUGUUACUUUCAUUAUUAGUGAAAACAA